UGCAUUUUCAGGCUAAUGACACCAGGAAAAACACUCUCGCUCUUCGAGGCGCUUUUCCAGUGCAACGAGGCCUGCAGCCCAAUCUCCUCCUCCUAACAGAUGGUCUACCUGUCAAGCCAUAAAAACCAGGCACUUCCCAGGGCCCAGACUAGUCAUCAUUCGCGGUACAUUCGAUACAGACCGAUUUAUAGACAAGCACGCGAUCUUCGAGAUGCCACAACCAGGCGGGGAUUACUUCAUCAUCAUUACUUCCUUCUUAGUUUUGAUCUGUUUCCUAGUUCCAACUAAGGCAGCCAGUUAUCAAAUGGAAAACUACGACCUGGAUAUGGAUAGUGGGGGCAUAUCAAACUCUAGCAACGCAGAGGAGUUCUAUGGAGGCGUAACUUCCCUGGAAAGACCUAUUUCUUGGCUAAGAAGUGCCAAUAGCAUGAUGGGCAGUCCAGCUGGCCAUGUGGUGAUGCAGGUGGCCAAGGAACUGCUGCAUCGUUCAGCCGGAAACAGUCAAGUCCUAAGUCUGAACCUGACCAAUCUGCUGAUUAUCAUACUGCUAAAAGUCCUCAUCUUCUCAGCUGGAAUGUUGGGAGCAGGACACUGGAGUGCCUAUGGUUAUGGCCAUGGUCGGUCGAGUGAUAGCAACUAUGGUUUGGGCCUAACUUCUGGUGAUGACUAUCUGAUAACUGGGUUUCUAGCCGCCCAGGGAGCAGGUAGAGAUGAGUGUCUGUAUGCAGCAUCCUGUGCCAGCCCUGCGGCAGCCUACGAAUACGCGAAGGCAGGACGUUCUCUUCUGGGCGCCGUUGAAUUGUUCCAAGGGGUGCCGCUGGAGAAACCACGCUACACCGAUCUCAUUGUUCUAAUGGAGCGAGCCGCCCACGAUGGCUUCCAAGGAAAGGUCUGCAACAUCACCCAGACUUGUGACGGAUUGCUUUGA